GUUUAAAUUUUUUCUGUUGUCCUUGUGAAAUAAGCAUGGAUCAGUAGUGAAACGGAUUCGUUGUAUCUAAGGACUUACACAACAAAAAAUGGAGGACGACGUUCCAGAGGAACACAAAGAACGUCUUGAACAGUUGUUUUACAUGUACUGCCAUCCCGACUCUGGGUUACUGACCAAGGAGGGGUUCAUUUCUGUAUUACGAGGGCUACAUCUAGAUCCGACUAACACCUUUAUCGAAUCUAUAUACACCGAACACAAUAAAGACGGAAAUGACGAUGGAAUAAGUCUUUACGAAUUCAAAUCAUGGAUGAAGAAUAGGUGGAAUACUAAGGAUGAAAUGGAAAACAGAUUAUUUUCGUCACUGGAAGUUUUGUUCUCACGAUAUUCUGACAAUCCAUCACGUGAUAUGAGAAAUCUGAAAAUUCCUCUCAAUGAUCUCAUGGAUGCUUUGCAAAACGCUGGUAGCGAACCUUUAAAUAAAACAGAAGCUGACCUUAUUCGAACAGAGCUUUCAGCAAUUGAUACAUCGGGAACUGGAAUAUUAGAUGGCAAAGAUUUGGUAACCUUUCUGCACGGAGAAGACGAGACAUUGUCCGCUCGAGAUAGUGUCAGGAAAGGAUUAGCAACGGCGAGAGGUGGGCCUAGACAAAUGGCAAAAAGUACUGGUGAGAUCGAGAGGACGCCAACAGGGGACCAGUACUAGACAAAACAACAUAAACUAUUUUUGUGA